GGGACUGCGAAAGGGGGAAUAGAGGUGAGGGGAGGGAAGAAGCCAUGAUCGGCGUGGGAAAGAUCAAGCAGUACACCAACGUUCUCGACAAACCCCUCAGUAGAGGCCGGCAAGAGGUUUUUGUCGAUCUGUUCUUGAAAUGGUCGCUCGCAAUUCCCGAUCUCCACCCAGUAGUCAAGAAAUCGUGCAUCUUCGCGCGAUCUCAUGUCAGCUUGAGUGCAUUCGCAUUUUUGUUCUCGGAACUGGUGCAAUACAACCAGACUCAAGUUGAUAAUAUUGCAGAGUUGGAGAGAAGGCUUGAAGAUGCUGGCUAUGCUGUUGGAGCAAGAGUUCUUGAGCUUCUUUGUCAUAGAGAGAAGGGUAACAGAAGGGAGACACGUCUGCUUGGAAUUUUAUCUUUUGUGCAUAGUACUGUUUGGAAGGUUCUAUUUGGAAAGGUGGCGGACUCACUUGAGAAAGGAACUGAACACGAAGAUGAGUACAUGAUAAGUGAAAAAGAGCUUUUGGUUAACCGAUUUAUAUCGGUACCAAAGGACAUGGGAGCAUUCAAUUGUGGGGCAUUUGUUGCUGGAAUCGUGAAGGGUGUCCUAGAUGGUGCUGGUUUUCCUGCUGUUGUGACGGCACACUUUGUUCCAGUGGAUGGUCAACAACGACCACGCACUACAAUUUUAAUAAAGUUCGCAGAAGAGGUGCUCAGGAGGGAAUCAAGACUGGGCUGAUCCUCUAUGGUGUUAUUUAGCGAGUUGAGGCAUACCAAAGCACUUCUGAUUACUUCUGCAGCUACUUGGAUCUUUUUCUUGUUGAUGUGUGCAAUCUAACUCCCAUGAUAUGAUAUUCUGCAUUUAUAUAAAUCAGGUUUCAUCUGAA